UAAUCAAGGGUGUGAGUUGUGGGCAUGUAGCGUGGGCAAGUAAGAGCCACAUCGACAGAAAUCUGGCUUAUAAUUCAGUCGCAUUCUGUCUGGCCUCUGCCAUCAUCAAUGGCCCUAAUUUCCUUCUCUGCUUCAGCUUCGCUUUUACCUUUCAAAAAUAUAUCCGGUGGACCAAAACCAAAGCAAUGGACUCGGCUGUUUCAUUCUUCUUCAAAAAUGUUCACAACCUCUUCCGAGCCACUUAUUGCUUACGCCUUUACGGGGAGUAACCAGGGUUUUCUUGAAAUACCUGGAGCUCGAACAGAAACGCCUCCUCAUACUUACUAUAAGUGGCCAGAUAAAAAGAAUCCUAGAGUUUGCAUAUUAGGUGGUGGUUUUGGAGGCUUGUAUACUGCUUUAAGACUAGAAUCACUUGUCUGGCCUGAUGACAAAAAGCCGCAAGUACACUGCAAGACUAGUAGCAAAGGGCUUCAAAGAAACAUACUUCUCGUUGAUCAGUCUGAACGUUUUGUUUUCAAGCCAAUGUUGUACGAGCUUCUUUCUAGAGAAGUAGAUACAUGGGAAAUAGCUCCACGUUUUUCAGAGUUGCUUGCAAAUACUAGUGUGCAGUUUUUCAAAGACAGGGUGAAACGCUUGACUCCUUCUGACUAUUUGGAAGUGAUCAGCCCAAUGGCUUCUGGUUGUGGAGGAACUGUACUGCUUGAAAGUGGCCUCUUGGUUGAGUAUGACUGGUUGGUUCUUGCUUUGGGAGCUGAACCCAAACUUGAUGUUGUACCAGGUGCCGCAGAAUUUGCAUUGCCUUUCUCCACACUGGAGGAUGCAUGUAAAAUUGAUAAAAUGUUAAGUACAUUGGAGCGGAGGAACUUUGGCAAGGGCUUUCUGAUUCGUGUUGCUGUUGUUGGUUGUGGUUACACUGGGGUUGAAUUAGCUGCCACACUAUCAGAGAGACUGGAGGAUAGAGGAAUAGUACAAGCUAUCAACGUGGAAACAACCAUCUGCCCAGCUGCCCCCCCUGGCAAUAGAGAAGCUGCCUUGAAAGUUCUCUCAGCUAGGAAAGUUCAACUUCUCUUGGGCUAUUUUGUCCGCUGCAUAAGAAGAGUUGGUGAAGAUGAUACUUCAGUAAUGGCUGGAGCUGGUGCAUCAGUUCUGAAUAUUGCUAGUGAACAUAAUUCUGAAAAAUAUAUAUUGGAACUUCAACCUGCUGUAAAGGGAUUAGAAAGUAAGAGUAUUGAGGCAGAUUUAGUACUGUGGACUGUUGGGUCUAAGCCUCUUCUUCCCCAGUUGGAACCUUCAAGGAACCCCCUAGAACUUCCCCUAAAUGCCCGAGGACAAGCAGAAACAGAUGAAACUCUUCGUGUUAAGGGCCAUCCACGUAUAUUUGCCCUUGGUGACUCUUCUGCUUUAAGGGAUUCGGAUGGAAGGCUUCUUCCAGCCACUGCUCAGGUUGCCUUUCAGCAAGCCGAUUUUGCUGGUUGGAAUUUGUGGGCAGCAAUCAAUAAUCGUCCAUUAUUGCCCUUUAGGUUUCAAAAUUUAGGUGAGAUGAUGACUCUGGGAAGAAAUGAUGCUGCUCUUUCUCCAAGUUUCAUCGAUGGCCUAACUUUAGAAGGUCCUAUUGGUCAUACUGCAAGGAAAAUUGCAUACUUGAUACGAUUACCGACAGACGAGCAUAGGCUUAAAGUAGGAGUCAGCUGGCUCACCAAGUCUGCCAUAGAUUCAAUUGCAGUAUUACAAAGUACCUUAACGAAGGUUCUUUCAGGCUCAUAGUUUUAUUUUUCCAUAUAUCUCAUUUUUCUGUUCUUAAAUGUUUUUGUUUUCACUUAUUCAACCCCUCUACCUCUUUUGUGUAAACAGUAGGACACCCUACUAACUGAAUUAGCUCAUGCUGUGCAAUGUGUUUACGAGUUUGCUACAUUAAUCUUUAAUAUAGAUUUUUGUAGAAUUUAGAUAAUAAUUUUUAUGUUUGUUAGAGAGUGCGGGAAAAUGAGAGAGAGUUAAGAUACACAUUAAGAGAAAUAUUUUGGCUUUAUUAACGAGUGGAAGUCUCUAAUGACACUUUGUAUGCGUUUGGCCUUGCAGGGAAAUUUACAAUUACAAUAAUGACCUUGUUUGUAUGAA